AUGUCGGCGGUGUGUGUGGUGGCCAAGGCAACUCAGCCAAAACUGAGGACCUUUAUGGGUAGUCUGUUGGCAUCAAGUCCCCUAGAAAUUGUAGCCAUUGACUUUUCCAUAUUGGAAAAAUCUAUCUUGACAGAGCAGUGGUUUUACACUUAUGGUGUUCCACUACGUAUCCAUACUGAUCAAGGGCGAAAUUUUGAAGGUGAGCUGUUCCAACAAUUGUGCAGAGUGUAUGGAAUUCGUAAAUCUCGCACUAGCCCAUAUCAUCCAGAAGGCAAUGGACAAUGUGAGCGAUUUAAUCGCACAUUGCAUGACUUGCUUCGUACACUACCUCCUGAAAAGAAGAGACGGUGGCCGUACCAUCUGCCACAGGUUUUGUUUGCUUAUAACACCACAGUCCAUCAGUCUACGGGGUUUUCUCCGUAUGAACUGAUGUUUGGGCGUAAGCCCACUCUUCCACUUGAUUCCUUGUUGGGCACAAUUGAUAUUCCAUCAGACUCUACUACUGCCGAGUGGGUUAAAGAACACCAGAAGCAUCUCUCAGCAAUCUAUAGCCAGGCCCGGGCUCAUUUGGAGGCAGCCGCUCAACAACGAGCAAAGAAUCAUUUGGCUCCUUUGCCACUCCUGCCCCCUGGUACACUGGUGUAUCGUCGCAGUCACCCGCAUGGACGGCACAAGAUUAGUGAUCAUUGGGAAAAUGUGGUGUAUGAGAUUGUGAGGUGCCUUGAUGAGGUUGGGGAUGAUGUUGAUGGCAGUAUGGAUGAAGGUGAUGAUUUUGGAGUAUUGGUGGCAAUUGAUGCACCUCCUGGGGAAGUAUCAACAUCUGGUAAAACCCUUGUUUCAAGGAGAACUGAUAGAACAAAUGCAGGCCACCAUCCCAAUCCUCACAACCUCCCAUGCACGACUGUCAGAAGACCACCUGUGGCCUUGGCAGAAAGCGCUUUGACUAUCUCCUCCCAUAGCACUGGUUUUAGGCCUUGGGUUUGA